UAUAUGUUGAGAUUCUGGGAAACUACUGAGUACCACUAGCUAGUUUCAAACUACAAACAAAGAGAUGGACUCUUCUUCCCUUAUUUGGUCAAGCCUUCUCUUACUACUAUCUCUAGUUUUAUGCCUAAAUAGGAAAAAUUGGAGGACUGACAAUGGCAACAAGAACCGACCUCCAGGGCCAACGGGAUGGCCACUCGUCGGUAACAUUUUCGAUCUUGGAAUUAUGGCACACCGGAUUUUAUAUGAGCUUAAAUUGAAGUAUGGACCAGUGCUGCGGCUAAGACUAGGAUCGGUGGACACGGUGGUAAUACAGUCAGCGAAGGCUGCAAUGGAGCUGUUCAAGAACCAUGACGCCAGCUUCUGUGACCGAACGGUUCCCUGUGUGCUUACCCCUCAUAACUACAAAGACGGAUCACUUGCACUAGGUCGGUUUGGGCCAUAUUGGCGAACAUUAAGGCGUAUCUGUGCUAUCGAACUCCUGGCCAACAGGCGAAUGAAUGAGACAGUCCAGAUUCGACGGAAAUGCAUAGAUGUAAUGAUACGUUCUUUAUUCAAUUUGAUUGGUAAUCUUAUGCUAUCAAAAGACCUUUUUGAUUCAAAGUGCAAAGAAGGGUAUGAGUUCUUUGAGGCCAUGGACAAGGUCAUGGUUUGGGCUGGAACACCAAACCUUGCAGACUUUCUACCAUUCUUGCAAUGGUUGGAUCCACAAGGACUCAUAAGGAACAUGUCAAGAGACAUGGGACGUGCAAAAGACAUUGUGGCUGGGUUUGUUAAAGAAAGAAUUGAGGAUUAUAAAAUGGGGAAGAAAAAGGCUAAUAAGGACUUCCUUGAUGUGUUGUUGGAAUUUGAAGGUGAUGGUAAAGAAUGGGAAGGAAAAAUUCCAUAUGACAAAAUUAUCAUAAUCAUUUUGGAAAUGUUUUUUGCUGGGUCAGAGACUACAAGCUCGACAAUGGAAUGGGUAAUGGCAGAGCUAUUUUCUGAUCCUAAAGCUUUGAGAAAAGUUAAAGAUGAACUUGACACAGUUGUUGGAGAAAACAGGAAAGUUGAAGAGAGUGACAUAGAUAAAUUGCCAUAUCUACAAGCUGUUAUAAAGGAAACAGUUAGAUUACAUCCUGUACUUCCUUUACUCCUUCCAAGAAACACAAUAGAAGAUACAAAUUUUAUGGGGUACCAUAUAUCUAAAGGCACUCAAGUUCUUGUAAAUGCAUGGGCGAUAGGGAGAGAUCCGGAAUCUUGGGAGGAUCCAAUGAAUUUCAAGCCUGAGAGAUUUUUAGGUUCAAAUAUUGAUUUCAAGGGGCAGAAUUUUGAGCUCAUUCCAUUCGGGUCAGGAAGAAGAAUAUGUGUGGGCAUGGGAUUGGCUCAGAGAGUAGUUCCACUUGGUCUGGCCUCUCUGUUGCACAAUUUUGAGUGGGAUCUAGACUCUCAGACUUUAGACAUGCGCGAAAGAAUGGCAAUAACAGUGAGAAAACUUGUACCCUUGAAUUUAGCAUGCAGGAAACGUCCAACGAAAUCUAGCUAGGUUUAAUUUAAUUUAGUUUAUGGUAAUCUAGUAUUAUAUGCAUUAGACUAAUAUCGUUAAUAAACAUUUUGUGGUCUACAUCUAGCUUAUCAUGUUCUAGAUGUGUAAUAGUAUAAUUUUAUUGGAAUGAUCAUUUGCUUGUUUGGAAAUGUGAAGAAAGCCACAAAGAAAGAUUUACAAUAAUAAAAUUUCUCCUUGAGCAUCUCCAAAA